AUGCCAUAUCAUCAACAUUCGUUGCCAGAUUAUUAUAAGAAUUAUAACGAUUAUUCACCAUCAGACCCUUAUUACAAUAAUUCCUUAGAUGACGAUUAUUCAUCAUCAUCAAACUAUUAUUCUCCACCACCAGAGCCAACUUCUAAAACAUAUUCAUCAUCAGACUAUUAUUCGCCACCAUCAUGGCGAACUCCUAGAUCAUAUUCAUCAUCGCCAUAUCUAUCAUCAGACAAUUAUUCGUCACUAACUUAUCGGCCAUCACAAAAGCCAACUUCUAAUCAACAUUCACCAUCAGACCUUUAUCCAAGACAAACACCAUAUUCAGCACCAAAGCCAACUUCUAAAACAUAUUCAUCAUCAGACAAUUAUUCGCCAUUAACUUAUCCGCCAUCACCAAAGCUAACUUCUAAAACACAUUCAAAAUCACAAUAUCAUUCGCCACCACCACCAAGACGAACUCCAGACCGUUAUCCGCCACUAACAAAGCCAACUUCUGAAACACAUUCAUCAUCAUGGGUAGAUACUACUCGAUACUUGGGUCCAAAUUCAUCAUCAUGGGUAGAUACUACUCGAUACUUGGGUCCAAAUUCAUCAUCAGAUUAUUAUUCGCCACUACCAAGACGAACUCCUACACCAUACUCAGACCGUUAUCCGCCAUCACCAAAGCCAACUUCUAGUCAAUAUCCACCAUUAGACCUUUAUCCACCACCAAGACAAACACCAUAUUCAGACUAUUAUUCGCCGCCAUCACCAAAGCCAACUUCUAGUCAAUAUCCACCAUUAGACCUUUAUCCACCACCAAGACACACACCAUAUUCAGACUAUUAUUCGCCGCCAUCACCAAAGCCAACUUCUGAAACAUAUUAUUCAUCAUCAGACUUUUAUCCACCGCUAGAUCCAGACUAUUAUUCGCCACCAACUUAUCCGCAAUCACCAAUGCCAACUUCUAAAACAUAUUCAGACCAUUAUUUAUCAGCUCCGAAAAGACAGUUAGUUACAUAUGAACCAGAGUGUCUACGAUGUGACGCAAAACCCGUUUCGGCCGAGGAAGAUUUUUGCUCGAAAAAGUGUAAAAACUGGGUUAAACAGAAUGCCCCUCGUUUGUUAAAGUUAUCAGAAACAAGUGAGAAAUACAAUAAAGUAGCAAUGCAGUUCCUAUUAGGAUGGAAACAUCCUGACAAAAAAUCACCAAAAAUAUCAUCUAUACACGCGAUCUGCUGUAGUGGAUUUAUGGUCAAUAGAUAUAAUACAUAUCGUGACAAAGUUGAAAGAAAACAUCAAUUAGAAGGACAAGUAUCUCCGGAAGAUAAUAUCAAAAUGAGUGCUGGAAAUGAACGAUUAAGAUUUCAUGGAACUGGCACACGAUGUUUAAUUGGGAUCUUAGAUAGUGGAGUUGUGUGCGAUGAUUCAGAGUGUUCGACCUGUUGCAUAAUAAGAAAAGGCUACAAGCUGAAAUUUAUUAAAAAAAGCAAUGGAUUCAAACGAUUUGGCAAUGGUAUUUAUUUCUCUGCCACAUCUUCUAAAUCAGACGACUACAAUUUUGGGUCUCAGAAGAGCUUCAAUGGUGCCAAGUAUAAAACAAUGCUAUUGAAUAAAGUAGUAGUGGGUAAUGGGCAUCAACUCAUAUUCAACAAUGACAAGUUAAAUAAGCCUCCGCAUGGGUACAAUUCUGUUUUGGGCGAACCUAAUUUAAUGGGGAAUUUAAACUAUGAUGAAGUUGUGGUUUAUAAAGAGAAAGCUUGUAUUCCGCAGUAUUUAAUUGUCUAUGAAGUUGAUUAG